AUGAAUCCAUACGGAAGAACAAGCAGCACAGCCACCCCGCAGCUGUCUUGCACCAGCUGUGGGGGCUGCUGCUCACCGCCUCCACCUUGCCUUGUCCGGCCUGGGCCCCCGUCCUCUUCGACCACUACCUCCUCCUCUUCCAUGCCCCCGAGCAUGACCCCUCCACCACCAAUGUCCCCCGCCCCGUUCGUGCAGGUGGAGAAUGGAACCAGCUGGAACUCCUCUACCGUCUCGUCCUCGGACUCUCCAGAUUCCCAUCCUGGUCGCCGAUGCGGGGUUAAAAACCCCAACUCUUACUGGACGGCGGUGUUUGAUUAUGAGGCCACGGCAGAUGAGGAAUUAACCCUGCGACGUGGUGACCUGCUCGAGGUCCUCUCCAAAGACUCCAAAGUGUCUGGGGACGAGGGUUGGUGGACAGGAAAGAUCCAGGACAAGGUGGGUAUUUUUCCGAGUAACUAUGUCACCAGAGGAGACGCUGCAAGUUACCAGCAGCUGAAGGUCGGGAGCCUGGUGGCGGUUCGGGUGAGUGAUUCCCCCUUGGAGAUUGACUUCUCAGAACUGACCCUGGAGGAGGUGAUAGGAGCCGGCGGGUUCGGGAAGGUGUACAAAGGAGUUUGGCGGAGAGAGGAGGUCGCUGUGAAGGCUGCCAGGCAAGAUCCAGAUGAGGAUAUUAGUGUCACAGCGGAGAGCGUGCGGCAGGAGGCCAGGUUGUUUUGGAUGCUUCGUCACCCCAACAUUAUUGCUCUCCGCGGGGUUUGCCUGAAGGAACCCAACCUCUGCUUGGUAAUGGAGUACGCCAGAGGAGGGGCUUUGAACCGUGCACUGGCUGGAAAAAAUGUUCCCCCGAGGGUUCUGGUGAACUGGGCCGUGCAGAUUGCCACCGGCAUGGAUUACCUGCACAACCAGGCGUUUGUACCAAUCAUCCACAGAGACCUCAAGUCCAGCAAUAUCCUCAUCCUGCAGCCGGUGGAGCGGGACGACCGGAGCGGUAAAACCCUGAAGAUCACAGACUUUGGUCUGGCCAGAGAGUGGCACCAGACCACCAAGAUGAGUGCAGCGGGGACUUACGCCUGGAUGGCGCCGGAGGUCAUCAAGCAUUCUCUGUUCUCCAAGAGCAGCGACGUGUGGAGUUUCGGUGUGCUGCUGUGGGAGCUGCUGACCGGAGAAGUUCCUUACCGGGAAAUAGACGCCCUGGCGGUAGCUUACGGCGUUGCCAUGAACAAGCUGACACUCCCCAUCCCUUCAACCUGCCCUGAACCUUUUGUUCUGCUGCUGAGAGAGUGCUGGAGCUCCAACCCUCGCGGCAGGCCAUCCUUCACCAGCAUCCUGCGGCGCCUGCAGGCCAUCGAGCAGUCCUCCAUGUUCCAGAUGCCUCUGGAGUCCUUCCACUCGCUGCAGGAGGACUGGAGGCUGGAGAUCCAGCAGAUGUUUGACGAGCUCCGGGCCAAAGAGAAGGAGCUGAGGUCGUGGGAGGAGGCGUUGGCCCGGGCGGCCGAGGAGCAGAAGGAGCAGGAGGAGCAGCUGAAGAGGAGGGAGCAGGAGCUGGCAGAGAGGGAGUUCGACAUCGUGGAGCGGGAGCUGAACAUCCUCAUCCACCAGAUGUACCAGGAGAAGCCCCGCGUCAAGAUAAGGAAUGGCCACUUCAAGAAGAGCCGGCUGAAGCUGGGCAGGGACAGCAACUGCAUCAGUCUGCCCUCUGGUUUUGAGCACAAGAUCACGGUGCAGGCGUCCCCCAGCGUGGACAAGAGGAAGAACCAGGGCAGCGAGAACACCACGCCCCCCGCCAGUCCGGGGGUCUUACCCCGCCUGCGAGCCAUCAGACUGACCCCGAGCGACGGCAGUAAAACGUGGGGCCGCACCGCUGUGUGUCAGAAUAAAGACCUGACGGCCAAUAAGAAGAAAGGUCGCACCUGGGGGCCGAGCUCCACCCACCAGAAGGAGCGGGUCGGAGGAGAGGACAAGCUAAAAUCCCUCAGUGAAGGUAAAGUUUAUUCAUCCAGUGCGCCAAACCUGGGGAAGUCCCCCAAACACGCUCCCAUGAUGCCCGGCUUCUCCAGCCUCAAUGAGAUGGAGGAGUGCCCAGAGUUCGAGGAAUCACCGGGGUCCAUGCUGCCCUCGGAGACCAGCAGCAACGGGGCCCUGGACGACUCGGGGCCGCUGUGGGGCAGCUUGGGGCCCAACGUGGCGCCUCCGGUCGGCGGUGCGGGCCUCUGCCCGGCGUCUGGAGGCCUGUGGAUGGGUGUCAGCAACCAGGACUCGGCUCGGCGCUGCAACCAGAGGAAGAAGAGCGACAUGCUGCUGCUGGGCUGCGCCUCUCUGCUGGCCUCUGUUGGUCUGGGGCAGGACCUGCUGCAGCUGGGCAAACAGCAGAUGCUUCAGGACGAGCAGGACCGAGAGGAGCAGCGGAAGAAGAAGGAGGGCCUCUUCCAGCGGACGGGCCGUUUCCGCCGCAGCACCUCCCCACCCAGCAGAAACCUCUCGCUGACGCUCUCCAGACACCACGACUCCGGGCUCGCCUGCAUGGACCCGUCCCCCUCCGUCACACUCCUGUCUCUGUCCUCCCUGUCUGACUGCAACUCCACCAAGUCCCUUCUUCCCUCGGACUCGGACGACUACCCUCUUACCCCGGCAGGUAUUAAGACCUCCUCGGUGGCGGCGCCGCCGUCUCCGGCUCCUGCCCUCAACCCGCUCCUGGACCUGCGGGCGGAGAGCUUCAAGAAGGAGCCCAACCAGUCGCUCACGCCCACCCACGUGUCGGCAGCGAUGGCUCUGAACAGAGGACACAGACGGACGCCGUCGGACAGUGCCAUCCGGCCCCGGGCGCAGACUCUGGGGCACCGCAGGACUCCGUCUGACGGCAGCAUGCCGAUGCCUCCUCAUCCCCUCACCACGACAUCUAAAGGAACUCCAGACAAGUUGGACAUCCCUCGCCUCCCGGACCCGUCCACGGUCCACCCCCAUGUACCCCACCGGCGUAAAGCCCCAGCCCCCCCGGUCCCCAGCCCGACUCCCCCCUUCCUCAUCAGCCCCCCGGAGAGACCCAAGACCCUGGAGUUCGCCCCGCGCCCGCGGCCCACCCCGGCCCGGAUCAGGGCCGACCACAGGAAGCUGGGCUCCGUGUGCCGGACCCUGAGCUCGUCGCCGGGCAGCAGCUGCGACAGCCCCCUGGGCUCCGGGGACAGCAGCGCCGGCGCCACGCGGCCCAACUUGAUGGACAUGGACAUGGAGGGCCAGAGUCUGGACCCGACAGUUCCGCUCUGCGGAGAGAUGCAGCCGGCCGCUCUGUGCGAACAGCAGUACUUGUAGUGACGCGUUUUAAACUUUCUGGGGCUCGGAAGUACAUCCCACUUCUGAAGAUAUUGCACCGCUUGGCGAAAGUCGCUCGUCUCCUGAAAAGGCGUGAACCCCUUCUGGCAUCCCUCGACCUCUGCUCUGCAUGACGCCGAGGGCCCAGAGGCCUCUGAGAGCCCGGUACUGACCUCGUCCAGCCAAACGUCUUUCCAAAGCCAUCAAAGCGUCUAAAAGAGCCACUUUUUAAAGGUACCGACGGUCAUCUCAGUCAGUCUCCUACUGCUGUUUCCUGUCUGUGUAUCUCUACGCAUUUCCGCUCUCUUCAUUCCUGUCCGCCGCGUGAACAAGACCAGAAAAACAUCGCCUCGUGUUCGUCGUCGUACUUCGGAGCAUGUUUGUUCUUCUUCUGCACGGUGGUCUUCAUCCUCAUCUCUCCAAACGUGAAAGAGGGAAAAAAAAUCUGUUCCCCCUCAACCUCGGUGGACUGGUUACAUGUGCAUUAAAAACAUCUGUUUUCUCCACAUUUUUGCAAUCUGGUGGUUGUUUUUCAUCGAUUUAAACAUCCCUGCCUGCUUCUUCUGCCUCAAAGUUCAGAUAUCAUCCAGAGCUGGCCAUGUUUACUGGAGCCCCUGGUAAAGAUGAUAAAGAUCAAGUUAAUAUAACAGUAAAUUCAUCUUUUCCUGCAGCGGCGUAGCUAUGUAAAGAAAUAAUCGCACCUUAGAAAAUCACAGCUAUUAGUAUCUCAACCAAUCCCUUUAAUAUAGAAGAAACUGAAUCAUUUUCUACAUUUUUAAAAAACCUUUUAAGUUAAUCAGACUUUAUGAGAUUUUUUUUUAUUAGUGAUCCCCUACAUUAUAAAUACAACAUACACACAUCAGACUUUUUAUUUGCAUUAUUUGAGGUCUGAAAACACUGCAUCCAUUUUGCUGUUAUGACCGUUUCUCAUUUUCUGCAAAUAAAAACAAAAUUUUUGCUUGGGAGUUUCAGAGACAUGUUGUCAGUAGUUCAUCGAAUAAAAGAACAAUGUUCACUUUACUCAAACAUAAACCUAUAAAGACUAAAAUCAGAGAUCAAUUUAAGUGCUCUCUUAAUUUUUCCCCAGAGUAUAUAUGUGUAUAUAUAUGAACAUAUAGUUGAAUUUUUCAGCUUUGCUGCUGUUGCUGUAGCAUUUUUGCGAGGGGAAUCUGCAAACGUAGCCAGCUCUUUUUCCACCGCAUGCCGUCUCUCUCUGGGUUGCUCCACUCAUUCCUCCUCUAUCGGUCGGCAGCAUCGAUCCCACUCAUCCCAGCGAUGCAGAACUGGAACUUCUCCUCCCCCCGGUCCCGCUCCACCUCCGAUUCCAGCAUCAGCCUCCCGCUCCUCUAACCGCCGACUUUGGCGGCACUUUAGGAGAAACUCUUUGCAGCUCGUCGGUGGGAUCAAACCGAUGCUGUUGUUUUCUGUGCACUGGAUGGUUUAUCGGCUGCAGACAGCAUUUACUCGACUGUGCAGAUUUCUGUAGGUGAAUACUGUGUGUGUUUUUGCGUGCGAAAGUGGACUUGUGCGACUGUUUUUUCGGGAUCGAUGACAAUCCCUUUGCUACAAGAGUGAGCCAAACUCAUUCUCCCUCUGUGCGGUUAAGAACACUGAGUAUUUAUUAAAAUUGUUGUUACUGUGGGAAAGAAGUAAUUAUUAUUAUUAUUAUUACUAUUAUUAUAAUGAUUUCAGUACUCUUCCUAGGUGAUAUUUGUAUAUACUUGUUAAUACGGGAAGAAGAAACCGAGAAAACAAAACCUGGGAAUCUGCUGACUGGAACGUUUGUGUUGUUUUCUGUCUCUGCCUGUGAGGAAUCUGUGUGAAAUGUGACGGAUGAGAGGUGAAUAAAACAACAAAAAACAACAAAAAUCAAA